AUGCGGUGGUUGUCACUUGCUGAGCUGGUAGCUCUUCUGGUUCCCGUCACCUGUCUAAACUUUCCUUUUGAGUCCAUCCAGCUUGCAGAGGACGACGUCAAAAAUUUCAACACCAUCUCCUUUGGGGAUCCAUCACAGCCUGUCCCUGAUACACCAUGCCGCUCCCAUCCAGGUAGCACGGAUUGGCCUUCGGGAGCCGAAUUGGUACAGCUUAACAGUAGCCUGGGAGGCAGCCUCUUGCAGCCAGUCCCUUUGGCAGCUGCCUGCUACCAGGGUCCGUACCAAAACGCAACACAGUGCAACUCACUCCUGCGCAAUACCGCCACAUCUCGCGUGUAUAUCGAUGACCCGCUUACGGUCUUGACCACCUGGCCGGAAGGCGACACUUGCCCUGUGACUGCCACAGCUGGGAGCUUAAGUUGCACUCAAGGAGGCUACCCUGCCUACGUGGUCAACGCCACUACUGUUAAACAGAUACAGGCUGCGGUCAACUUUGCUCGAAACAAAAACCUCCGCUUGGUGAUCAAAAAUUCCGGCCACGACUUCCUUGGCCGCUCGACAGGCUUUGGGUCGUUGAGCAUCUGGACUCACUGGCUGAAGGAUUUUGAGUUCUUGCCUCACUAUGAGAUCGGUGAAUAUAACGGCGCGGCGGCACGCGUGGCUACCGGUCUCGAGGCAUGGCAGAUGCACCAGUACAUGAACCGGUACAAUGUGACUCUGGUGGUUCCCGGUAGCUACACUAUAGCUCCAUACGGCGGUUGGGUAGCCGGCGGCGGCCACAAUCCACUCGCGUCGCUCUAUGGCCUGGGCGCCGAUCAGCCUCUGUUGUUGCAGGUUGUCACUGCAGACGGGCGAUUCGUGACUGCUAGCCCGGAGGAGAACACAGACCUAUUUUACGCGCUGUGUGGAGGAGGUCCUAGUACAUGGGGUGUUGUAACGUCUGCCGUCGUGAAAGCUCAUCCAUACGUGGGCGUCCUGCGAACUUCGCUGAGCUUCUCGGUCAACAACCCGUCCAAUGCUACCGAAGUUGUGACUUUCUGGCGCGGCAUCGAUCUGUACUACAGGUUUGGAAUCGCCGUUGUAGAUGCCGGAGGCACCGCGUACGGUGAUAUCACUCUGUCCAAUUCUUCUAACAAUAAAAGCUUCGCCUUCAGCACCCAGUUUGAGAUGCCGGCCAAGUCAACAGAACAGGUCUUCGAAUUCGUGCAGCCGUUGUUCGACGAUCUCAACGCAAUCGGCAUUGCUGUUACCAACGCGCAGCCAGUCCCGUCUACUCGAUGGACCUCAGGCAACAACGGCCUGGGGGACGCACCUGGGAAUUCACGAUUUGGCAGCCGCCUGUUCCCCAGGAGCAAUUUUGAAGACCCGGAGCUGCUUAAAAUAACCACGGCGGCCAUGCGGGAGACUGUCGAGGCAGGCUACAGGUUUCACGGCAUUCAUAUUCAACCUACAGAGGCCAUCGCCGGCCCGCCGGGACAUAACGCGGUGAACCCGGCGUUCCGCAAAGCGAUCAUGCAUGCCGAUCUCUUCGAUAAUGCCCAGACUAGCGGCGUAUCGUCAGAGGAGUGGAUGGCGUCUUAUCAGCGCUUCAAUACAUCCAUGGCAAAGCUCCGUGCUGUCACGCCGGGCGCCGGUGCAUAUAUCAACGAAGCUGAUGUGCAGGAGCCCAACUGGCAGCAGGCGUUCUUCGGAACAAACUAUGCACGUUUGUUGGAGAUCAAAGAAAACCGUGAUCCUUGGGGUCUGUUCUGGGCUCCCAGUACUGUAGGUAGUGAGAAGUGGGAGGUCAUUACUUCUACUGGAUUGCCGACACAGAAUGGACCGCUCUGCAGGGUGACCGCAAGGAUCUAA